AUGUCAAUAGCAACUUCCCUAGUAGUUUAUGGAGACUCACUUUUACUUGAGUCAAAUGAUGGACAAAGAAGGAGUCGAUGGAGAAGACCUGAAUAUACUGUAGAGAGUGAUUUAGUAAAACCUAGUCGCUGGAAAAGUAUAACCGAAAAGGAAUUUAUACCACCUUGUUUUAUGGAGUUUCCCCCUGGAGUAACUUUAGAAGAAGUGGACCAAUUUUUAAAGGAGCAACGUUUAGACGAGCUAAUGUAUAAACUCCAAGUUGGAGAUCUUGAAUAUGGGGACCCAGAUAUAAGAGAACCAAGUCCACCUCCUAUAUAUGAUAAGACAGGAUCACGUAUAAAUACACGUGAUAUGAGAGUUAAAAAGAGUAUGGAAAUUGAACUAUCAAAUUUGAUAGAAUUUAUGAUGAAACGAGUUGAGGACUAUGCACCUCCAAACGACUAUAAACCCUUAAAAAAGGUUAGAAGACUAAUCAUACCAUUGGACAAAUACCCAGAGUAUAAUUUUAUGGGAUUAAUUAUUGGGCCUAGAGGAUAUAAUCAUCGCCGUUUAGAAGCAGAAAGCGGAUCGUUAAUUUCAAUAAGAGGCAAAGGUACUUUGAAAGAAGGUAAGAAAUGCGAUCACCAAACAGAGGAGGAGUUGGCUAUGCCUAUGCACAUUCAUAUAUCAGCUGACACUCAAGAGAAAGUAGACAAGGCUGUAGACCUAAUACAACCAUUGCUAGAUCCAUUUCAUCCUUUACAUGAUGAAUAUAAAAGAAGAGGUUUAGAACAAUUAGCAAUUGUGAAUGGUACAAAUAUUUCUAAUAGCUUCGGAACAAACUUAGGAAUAAGUGGUAAUAAUGACCGUUGUUUACAUUGUGGCUCUACUAAUCACCCCUCCUUUAGUUGCCCUGAUUCACAACUAAUGUUAUCAUAUAAGAAAGCAGAUAUCAAAUGCUCUAUAUGUGGAGAUAAAGGUCAUAUUACAAAAGACUGUAAACUAUACAAUCCAAACAAGAAUAUUGAGGAAGAAUAUGAGAAAAUGAUGAGUGAAUUGAGCAGCGUUAAUCACAUAUCUAGUGAAAUUAGUAAUAAGGAUGACAAUCAAGGAGUGUCAAACUUGGAAGAUAAUGAUAGUACGAAGUCGAGUUCCAACAAUUUCUUUAACUCUAGUAUUACAAAUGGACUGAAUACAAGCAUGACUAGUGCCUAUCCACUAUCUUAUAUACCUCUUUUACACCAGAAUGGUACCCAAACCAGUACAAUACCUACUACAAUUGUUCCUACAGUAUAUACAGCUACAAAUACUCCAAUAGUUGGUCAUAAUGUUGCACUACAGCUAAGUGGGAUGGUAAGCUAUACUAGCUUAGAAUGUUCUGGACAAGUACCCUACAUACCUCAGUAUCAACUAUAUAAUAAUGCAAUGCCUACAAGUUAUAUGCAUCCAAACGCAAAUUUAUACAAUACUAAUGCUCAAACUUAUGCAAUGGACAAUAUAGAUGAUACAGAUGACAUGGAUCAAUCUGAUUAG